AUGACUGGAAAUAACUUAGUACUACCAAUUAUUGUGGGACAUUUUGGAUAUAAUAAAUGUGACCAACACACAUGGAUUCAAAAUUUUAAAUUAUGUGGCGGAAAAUUACAAUCUCCAAUACAUAUAUCAUCAUUCAAAUCAAUACCUCUUCCUUUGCCAGCACUUGAAACAAUUGGUUAUCAUGAUUUUCUCCCAAAUCCAUUAUAUUUAAAAAACAAUGGCCAUUCAGUUGUUAUAAAUAUAAAUAAUCGUUUUGAAAAAAGAUUACCUUAUAUAUUCGGAGGUUCACUUAAUGUGAAUCAAGAAUAUGAAAUAGAUCAUUUACAUUUUCAUUGGGGUGCAAAAAAUAACAAAGGAUCUGAGCAUAUUUUAAAUGGUGUUAGAUAUCCUAUGGAAAUGCAUAUAGUUCAUAAAAAUAAAAUUUAUUCAAAUUUAUCUAAUGCAUUAAAUUAUAAAGAUGGCCUUGUGGUUUUAGGGAUUUUUUUUCAAUUACAGGAAAAAGAUAAUAAAAAAUUAUAUUCUAUUGUAAAUCAUUUAUUGAGUGUGCAACAAUUAAAUAAAGAAGUAAAAUUAAAUAUGUCUAUAACUUUGGCUUCAUUAUUACCUAAAAAUAUAGAUAUAUUUUAUACUUAUAAAGGUUCAUUAACUACACCACCAUGUAAUGAAGUAGUAACAUGGAUAAUUUUUCCAACGCCAGUACCAAUAUCUUUCACACAGCUAAAUAAGUUUAAAUUACUUUGUAAUGAAAAAGGUACAUUAGCUAAUAAUUACAGAAAAUUGCAACAAAUAGGACUUAGGAAAGUAUAUGUUAGAAAGUUAAAUCCAUCUUUAAUUAAAAAAUAUAAUAAAACGAUUUUUAAUGUUAUGAAUUUGGAAUGGUUUUGGCAUUAAAUAUAAUUUUACAUUAUAAAAAAUAAAAUAUAUUACUAUUAUAGAAAUAAUAUUAUAACAAUAAUACUAUAGAAUUAUUAUUAAAUAAUUA